CGUCUCUCCCCGCCGUCCUCCGCGGCCGGCCCCGUCGCGUCGCCCCGGCUCCUUUCUCUCAGCGGACGCCCGGGCCCGGCCAUGGCGGACUUUGACGAGAUUUACGAGGAAGAAGAGGACGAAGAGCGAGCGCUGGAGGAGCAGCUCCUGAAGUACUCCCCCGACCCGGUGGUGGUUCGCGGCUCCGGCCAUGUCACCGUGUUUGGGCUAAGCAACAAAUUUGAAGCAGAAUUUCCUUCAUCUUUAACUGGAAAGGUUGCACCUGAAGAAUUCAAAGCCAGCAUCAGCAGAGUUAACAGCUGUCUUAAGAAGAACCUUCCAGUUAAUGUACGAUGGCUACUAUGUGGAUGCCUUUGCUGCUGCUGCACUUUAGGUUGUAGUAUGUGGCCAGUUAUCUGCCUCAGUAAAAGAACACGAAGAUCGAUUGAGAAGUUAUUAGAAUGGGAAAACAAUAGGUUAUACCACAAGCUGUGCUUGCAUUGGAGACUAAGCAAAAGGAAAUGUGAAACGAAUAACAUGAUGGAAUAUGUCAUCCUUAUAGAAUUUCUACCAAAGACACCAAUUUUUCGACCAGAUUAGCAUUUGAUUUAUUUAUAGAGACUGACUUUCAAGUAUGUUGUCUUUCCAAUGGUGCCUUGCUUGGUGCUCUCCUGGUGGUAACAUAAGCAUUGGUUCUACAGAAUCUUGUGGUGUUUUCAUGCUUUUGUUUGUUUGUG